GGUUUGGUUUUGGUUCCUUGACGCUAAAUAGCAUUGAGUGUAGAGGUGGUACUUAGAAAUGUAGAGGUGGUACUUAGAAAUGUCGAGGUUCCAUGUUGGAGGAAAGGUGGUAGACAAGGUUGAUUUGCUGAGGAAGAAACACUGGGCUUGCGUAGACUUUGGAGAUGCUGCCAUUGUCCUUGGCGGCCUUGUAGCACUCAACAUAUUAGUCUGGCUCUUUACUGCUUGGUCUGUAGAUUUUAAAUCCUUUGUUCACUACAGUAAGGUUAAUGAUAUUUACCUUGCUGAUGCUUGUAAAAUAAUCCCAUCAAAAUUUUCUGGGUCUAAAGAGGUUGUGCCUCUUCAUUUUCGUAAACAGACAUCAAAUUCUUCAUCUUCAACAAACGUGGAGGAGAUCUACUUUGAUUUCAGGAAGCAGCGUUUCACCUAUUCCAAGGAGAAGGACACAUUUUUCAAGCUUCCUUAUCCUACCAAGGAAACAUUUGGCUACUAUUUAAAAAGUACUAGCCAUGGCUUUAAAGCUAAAGUUCUCUCUACCUCUGAAAAAUGCGGAUGCAAUGUGUGAGUUAAAAUUAUGAAGAAUUUCUCCACUUAUGAUAAUUUGGAUUGCUUCAGUAUACUUUAUGAGUUUUGAUACUUAUCAUGUUGCUAUUUUCCUGAAUUCCUGUACCUGGUGCCUCCUAUGUUGGGUUCUGGAAUUCAGAUCCUAAGUUAAGUUGAAUGUGACUGCUAAAAGGGAAAAAUGAAGAUGAUAAUAGCUU